AUUAACUUGCAAUCCAGGACGUAGGCUUUUCCCUUCAUCUGGCCCUUUUUUUGUUUUUCAUUUAACACCCCAAGCAUCUGAAAUAAUGUCAAGAGACGACGAAUACGACUACCUUUUCAAAGUUGUUCUCAUUGGAGAUUCCGGUGUUGGUAAAACCAACCUUUUGGGACGUUUCACUCGUAAUGAAUUCAAUCUCGAAUCCAAAAGUACUAUUGGUGUUGAGUUCGCAACACGUAGUAUUCAAGUAGACAAUAAGACGAUCAAGGCUCAAAUAUGGGAUACAGCUGGACAGGAACGUUAUCGUGCCAUCACCAGCGCGUACUAUCGUGGUGCGGUUGGUGCAUUGCUCGUCUAUGAUAUUUCUAAGCACAGCACAUACGAGUCAGUUAGCAGAUGGCUCAAGGAAUUGCGCGAUCAUGCUGACAGCAACAUUGUCAUCAUGCUUGUUGGUAACAAGAGCGAUUUGAGACAUUUGAGAGCUGUCCCCACUGAUGAGGCCAAGCAAUUUGCUGGUAAGUCAAUUUUUUUUUUUUAUAUUUUUUAGGAAAGUGGUUACAAAAUUGUCACUUUUGCCACAUAUUGACACGUUGACAUUGUUACCGCAGCCGACAAUGGCCUCUCCUUCAUCGAAACCUCUGCAUUGGAUGCCAGCAAUGUUGAAAUGUCGUUCCAACGUAUCUUGACAGAAAUCUACCGAAUUGUGUCCAACAAGGCUUUGGAAAACUCUGGU